AUGAGCCAAUUACUUCGAGGCGGCUGUUCGUGCGGCCGGAACGAAUGUUUCAUCACCAUCCCACUUGCGGCCAGUGACCAGGCAGAGGUCUACUUUGACUCGAGCAGUUUGAAUCGUCGGACGCAGGCCGCUCCGCUGACAGCAUGGCUACGAGUCCCGCUGGAAUGGUAUCAAUCGUCAACAGUAUCCUACUUCCCUGACGAGACCCAUGCCGCCAUUCGUCGGACCUUUGUCCCUCCAGAAGAUCCGCACUGUCGUCGUGUUUUCUGCGGCUUCUGCGGUACGCCAUUAACACAUUGGACCGAGAGCCCCCCCGAGGAGGCGGACUACAUGUCCAUCACCGUCGGGAGUCUCUUCAGUCAAGACCAAAGUGCACUAGAGGACCUAGGACUACUUCCUGAAGAUGCUGAUACUGGCGCACCCGUCAUUUCAACCUCGACCAGCACCAGCGUCACGCCCGCUCCGUCUUCGUCAAGACAAGUCGCGUCCACUGAGCCACAGAUGUUUGUGACCAGGCAGCGCGGCACGCUGGGAGGUAUCCCUUGGUUCGAGGAGAUGAUCGAAGGAAGCCGGUUAGGCAGGGUUGGUAAACACCGUCGAGGAGUCGGAGGCAAUGAGUCGAUGCAUGUAGAGUGGGAGGUGACCGAGUGGCAUGAUACCACGCCUAGCAUAGGCGCAGAGACACAUGGCGCUGCUACAGCUAGUCCAAGAAUAUCUACCAAAAGAAAGUCUCCACAGGUUGGUUGA